CAAACCAAGGGAGUGUUUUCUCAGAGAGAAAUAAUUCACAGGGAAGAAGAGUGAGAGACUACUGCAUGCAAGGAGUGGGAGAGCUGUGCUCAAACCAUUUUCAGUUUGUUCUACAUGAUAGUGAAAAUUGAAAAUAAUGAGUAAAUACUUGCAAAACCACAAACCUGAGUUCCAUGGAAGCUACCUUCUCAUGCAAGAAUAGGGUGAACUUCAAGGGCUUCUAUAUAUGAAAUUUUAAAGAGGGGAAAGAAGGGUUGCUUCCUAGUCACUGUAACAACAUAGAAAAAUAUAUAUAUAAUGGAUUCAAGACUGAUUGAAGUGGCUAAGAAUGGAGAAAUAGAUGCAUUAUAUGCAUUACUUGGAGAGAAUCCCUUCAUCCUUGAGAAUGUAGAAAAGAUUCCAUUCAUCAAUACUCCUUUACAUUGGGCUGUAUUAUCUGGUCAUACAUGUCUUGUGGAGGAAAUGAUAAAUUUGAAGCCUUCUUUCACUUUGAAGCUAAACCAAGAUGGAUUCAGUCCCUUACACUUAGCUUCAAUGUUUGGGCACUUAGAGAUUGUGAAGGCACUCUUGAAAGAUGAAAGUGGACAAUGCCUAGAGAAACAAAAAGCAGCCAUGAAUGUUGAUGGUGGUCUUUGUAACCUAAAAGGCAGAGAGAAGAGGAUUCCUCUUCAUUGUGCAGCUAUUUCUGGACACACUGAUGUUUUAGAAGUAUUGCUCUCCAGUUUCCCAAACUCUAUUAAUGCUUUAACUGUUAGAAAGGAGAGUAUUCUUCAUCUGGCUGUGAAAUUUGGUAAGGUUGAAGCCUUCAAAGUAUUAGUGAAUUGGCUCCGAAAGCAUUGGCGAAUCGACAUUUUAGGCUGCAAAGACCAAGAAGGCAACACUGUCUUGCAUCUUGCUACCUCAAAAGGACAAUAUCAGAUGAUAAAUGUACUUCUACGUAAUAGCCUCCUUGUUAGAAAUGUUGUCCCAGUAAAUGCAAAGAAUGACAAAGGGUUGACAGCAUUGGAUCUCUUAAUGCAUCUUCCUGGUAGUAAUCCAGACAGAGAAAGAAUCAAAACUAUCCUAUCCAAAGUGGGAGCUAAGAAAGCUGAUGAUAUUGGGUGCCAACUACAAGCAAAGACUAAUUCUCUACUGGAAUGGGUAUCUAAUUCGAAAAUCAAAUAUGUAUCAAAGUAUUUGAAAUUGAAGGUAGACAAGGAUACUCCAAGUGAAGCACGUAAUGCAUUGUUGGUGAUAGUUGUUCUAAUUUCCACGGCAACUUAUCAAACUGGAGUUAGUCCCCCUGGUGGUUAUUGGCAGAAUGACCUAAUAUCCAAUGGCACCUAUGUCUACCAUGCAGGAGAGCCAGUCUGGUCUACCACAUCUCCAAUUACAUACAAUUUGGUCAUGCUCUUUAAUUUUGCAGGGUUUAUGUUGUCUUCUCUCCUUGCUUACAACCUCACAGUAGGGUUCCCUCUGAGGGGUCCUCUCCUACUAGCUCUAGUCUUUAUGUUGCUUACUUAUUCAUGGUCUACUCCAAUCUUUUAUAAUGGUCCAGCUAGUCGUGCUGAGUAUUUCUGGCAUGCUAAUAAUUUGAUGUUAUGGCUUCCAGUUGGAUUUGUAGUAAUAAUCUGGGCCAUUACAGCAAAUUGGAUGGGGCAGAUCUGGUGGAAGCUUUCGCUAUUUAUUGGCCUUGUGAGGGAGUGACUGGAUUACUGUAGUAUCUUUCAUGACUUUUUGUAAACAACCUAGUGAUGCAUGUAUUGAAUCAGACUCUGUUGCAGUA